AUGUUAGAAAGGUUGGAAACCCUGAAUGAAAAGGUCGCGCUAGAAAAGCGCGUCGAGGGGUUACAAGAAACGUUAAGGGUAAAGGAAGCAGAGUAUGUGCGACAAACCCGACUACUUACUAAUGCUGAGAGACAGUUUAGUCAUCAAGACGCAAGAAUGGAAGAAAUGGUGAAGCAGUUAGAUCAGGCUUUACGUGCUCGGGAUAAUGCAGAAAGGGAGUUGGAGGAGGCCAGAAGAACACAUACUCCAACGGCGGUGUUAGAAGAAACACUAAGGGAAAGGGAGUCAAGCUAUCAAAGACGAUUACUGGAGCUGGGUAAAAGUAAAGAUGAAGACAUAUCAACGAUCAGGCGAGAAGUUGAAAAGACCUUAGAUGAAAGGGAUGCAGCUCGACGGGCUUUUCACCUUGCCCUGCAAGACCUAAACAUGAGUCAGGAGGAAGUUAAGGACUUACAAACCACCAUGGAGGGCUCUUUGGUGGAGCGGCGGCAGUUAGUUGCUGAAAUCAAGAUUAAAGAAGAGCAAAUCCAGCAAAGAACUUCGGCCAUCGAAGAUUUGGAAAGAAACAUAUCCGAAAAGCAGGAAAUAAUUGCGGACCUGUCGCGCCCCGAAGAGGAAAGGGAAGCAGCUCGAAGGGAAGCGGAGGCCCUUCGGGAAGAAGUCGCGGAAUUGCGGGCGGAAAAAGACAAAAUGGAAAAAAA